UAAUAAUAAUAAACGUGAGACGGGAGAAGAGCUCCUGAUUUUAUUUGAAUUUUCCUUUUCGUAGACAUCACAUCUAGCGCUUCUCGCAUAUAAUUUGUGUGGCAAUUAUCAUCGCAAGCACGACUGCAACAUGACAUCAUCCGACGCCCUUUAUUCCCUCGCCUACUCGUUCGGUUCCUUCAUCACCGCCACCAGUUCAAUCUACAACUUGCCCUCCGAAGCACGAAUACCGCUGCAAAAGGGCAUUUUCCUCAUCAGUCUCGGCUUCAUCUACUUCACAUCGCUGACGACGUUCUUCAAUAAGCUCUUGCUCGAGACAGCGAGCGGCAUUCGUUUCCAAAAAAAGUACAAUCUGUCAGUGUACAAGGUGCUGGACAUCAGCAACAAACUCGUAUCUGGCGUUCAAGCGAUAUUCUCGAGCGUCGCUGGUCUUCUUGUUUGUAAAUAUUCCUGUACUCGUAAUUUUAUUCGUACGUCAUAUCACCUGUCCGAAGCUUACGCGUACUUUGCUGCUCCGUACUUCAUCUACGACAUGUGGUCGAUGUAUGUCGUUUUCAGCACAAAAACCCGCGAAAAGCUGAAAAAUGCCUCAAAUGGCACGCAAGACACUAAACCCACCAAUACUAAUGGCUGUAACACUUCGCAUUGUAAUUUUCCAUCCGGCGACGUGAUUCCUUCGCUGAAAAACGGACAACUUUCGUGGUUUCGCAGCAACAAAAAUGGCAUGCCAAGUUUCCUCUAUUGGAUCAGCAAAAGUCCCCUCAUGGUUUUCCAUCAUCUUUUCAUCGGCUGGUACGGUUUACUCGUGAUUACGUAUUUGCGUGGCGCUUUGGGCGAUUGCGUGUUGAGUUUCUUCUACAUUAUGGAACUUUCGACGCCUUUUGUGUCACUCCGAUCGAUUUUGGCAACGAUGAAUCUGAAAGAAACGCGACUUUAUGUCAUCAAUGGACUCACGAUGGUGGCAUUUUUCUUCAUUUUUCGCAUCUGUAUUGUCCCGUAUGCGUUUUAUUGGUAUGCCAGUUUCUCUAAUAUUGGAAUUUUUGAGGCUAUCGGAAGACUUCCAAUUCAUUGCAAAAUCAGCAUUAUUUCGAUCACGCUCCCGCAAUUCUACUGGUUCAAACUCAUGGUUAAUGGAGCGAUUAAAGUAUUUAAACCAAAGAAAUAAAGUGGCUUAACUAAAAAUAUUGAAAAUUUUAUAAAAAUAAUUGAGAAAUUUUUUACAAAUACCUUUAAAAAAAGAAGAAAAUAUAUAUUUGUUGAAACUUUUACAAUGAGAAGAAGACGAAGAGAAUGCACAAAGGAUGAAACAACAAAAAAAAUUAAAAAAAAAAUAAUUUCAAAAAAAAAAUCCUAUUUUGGCCUAUAUGCUUUCAAAAUGUGACAAAAAAUAAUUAAAUGGAUGUUAAAUGGACAACAAUAACGAGAAGAACAAUCAAACCUCUCUUUUUAGUCAACAUGGAAUAGCUGUUACUUUUAAUUAUAUUAUUGUCUUAGUCGUUAAGGAAUAAUUUUUAAAACCAAAUUAUAUAAAAAAAAAUGCUUCCGCGAGAGAACAAGAGUCAUAAUUACAUUAAAAAUGUAAAAAAAACGGAUCAAAUCAAAAAAAAAAAAAAUAUAUGAAAAGAGCUUAAUGUUAAAUUUUGUUUUUUUUUUAUAUAAAAAAUAUAAUUAAAUAAUUAAUUAAUAACUUAGUCGUAUGUCGUACUAACAAAAAGAACUAAAUUUUAUCAAAAUGAAAAAAAAACAAUAAAUUACAGUAUUUUUGAUUUUUUUUACAAUUUUAGUCAAAUAAUGUGCUAUUGAAGUGUAUUAUAAAUAAAUAAAUGGAAAUAAA